AUGGACGGACGAAAGCUUGUACUUGUAACCGGUGCCAACACCGGUCUCGGCUUCCAGAUCGUCAAGGCUCUCUGCGGCUCCAACACUGAUUACGAGGUGUUGGUUGGAGGCAGAUCUAUCAAGAAAGCCGAGCAAGCCAUCAAGACCCUCAAGGAAGAGUUUCCCUCCAGCCAUCUUCAUGCAAUUCAAGUCGACGUUGAGGAUGACAUAUCUAUUUCCUCCGCGUUUGAACAUGUCAACAACAAGUAUGGAAAGCUUGAUGCUCUUAUCAACAACGCAGGUGAGUCUGAAACCCAAGGUGCCCAAUUUGAUCAACAACGGGAUGCUGGCAAGAUGUCUACAAGAGACAUUUGGAACAAAACCUACGACGUCAACGUCACGGGAACUCAUAUCUUGACCUGGCAUUUUGCCCCAUUACUCCUCAAGUCCAGCGAUCCCCGCCUUAUGUUCAUCGCUAGCGGCACGUCCUCUCUUAACACAUCUCUCGAUCCUAAUUUUCCUGUCAACAAGCAGCCUGCCAAGGGUUGGCCCAAGACCUUAACUAACUUCGACUUGCCUGCAUACCGAAGCAGUAAGACUGGAAUGAACAUGAUGAUGAGGGAGUGGGCCAGACUUCUUGGUCAGGAUGGCGUUAAAGUCUGGGCAAUUAGUCCUGGAUAUCUGGCAACCGGCCUGGGUGUUGGCCAGGAGCAGAACAAAGAACAAGGCGCGAUUGAUCCUGCGAUUGGGGCUGCGAUUGUCAAAGACGUUUUGGAAGGGGGGAGGGAUAGAGAUGUGGGCCAAGUUGUAUCACGACAAGGCAUCCAGCCUUGGUAG